GGUCACGAGGAAGUUAACCAAAACAUUUGAAAUAUCUAAUGUGGAAGGCAGAAUGUUAGAAUAAUGUUAGAAGAACCAGCACUUUUAUGAUAUAAUGUGAUAACUGAAGCUCUCUUCACAUCGGACGCACACAGAUAUGGGGAUGCUUCAGAAGUGCACACGACUCUCUUUGAGGUCCACAUAUAUGUGGUCAGUGUGUCCUCAGUACAGCACUGCAGUCGCUGCCCGAGAGACCCAAGACAGAGCUCUGAUAGUGCAAUGGACUCAGCAUCGUGGUGUGCACAACAGCAGACGACUGGGAGCCAAUCCAGUCAACCCCAGUGCUGCUCCUCCACGUUUACCCUUCUCCAGGGUCACACAGGAGGAUCUGUCCUUCUUCAGAGCGCUACUGCCUGGAAGAACCAUCACUGAUCCAGACCUGCUGAAGUCCAGCAAUGUAGACUGGCUUAAGACUGUACAAGGUAGUAGUGAUGUUCUCCUGAGGCCCAAAACAGCAGAAGAGGUCUCUGAGGUUCUCAGGUACUGUAAUGAGCGCAAUCUGGCGGUGUGUCCGCAGGGAGGAAACACGGGUCUGGUGGGAGGAAGUGUGCCAGUGUUUGAUGAGAUCAUCCUUUCCACUUCUCUAAUGAACCAAGUCAUCGCCUUCGACAACAUCUCAGGUAUCCUCACCUGUCAGGCUGGCUGUGUGUUGGAAAACCUGUCUCACUAUCUAGAGGAGAGAGACUUCAUCAUGCCGCUGGAUCUCGGAGCGAAGGGAAGCUGUCAUAUUGGAGGGAAUGUGUCCACUAACGCAGGUGGUCUCAGACUCCUGCGCUACGGCUCACUUAGAGGGACAGUUCUGGGCCUGGAAGUGGUUUUGGCAGAUGGACGUGUUUUGAACUGUCUGGCCACACUUCGCAAGGACAACACGGGUUAUGACCUCAAGCAGCUUUUCAUUGGCUCAGAAGGGACAUUAGGAGUCAUUACUGCUGUUUCCAUCCUGUGUCCCCGCAAGCCUAAAGCUGUCAAUGUAGCCUUUUUAGGGUGCUCCAGCUUCCAGCAACUACUGGAAACAUUUCAGUGUUGUAGAGGGAUGCUGGGAGAGAUUCUGUCUGCUUUUGAGUUUUUAGAUGCCUCCUGUAUGAACCUUCUAGAAAAGCAUCUGAAACUCACUAACCCCAUCACAGAAUGCCCCUUUUACAUCAUCAUUGAGACUGCUGGAUCCAACGCCACCCACGAUGAAGAAAAACUACACCACUUCCUUGAAGAAGUCAUGACAUCAUCUCUGGUCACUGACGGGACAGUGGCGACAGAGGCAACAAAAAUCAAGGCAUUGUGGUCUUUGAGGGAGAGAGUCACAGAAGCUCUGACGCAUGAAGGAUACACCUACAAAUAUGACAUCUCCCUUCCUGUGGGGAAGAUCUACGAUUUAGUCCAAGACAUGAGGAGGCACCUUGGAGACAUGGCCAAGAAUGUUGUCGGCUAUGGACAUGUUGGGGAUGGAAAUCUUCAUCUAAACAUCACUUCCUCCUCUAAAGACCCUGCUCUGCUGGCUGCCAUUGAGCCAUAUGUGUAUGAGUGGACAUCUCAGUGGAAAGGCAGCAUCAGUGCAGAGCAUGGGCUUGGUCUAAAGAAGAGAAACUACAUCUACUACAGUAAACCCUCAGAGGCAGUCGCUCUCAUGGGCAGCAUUAAAGCCAUGCUGGAUCCUAAAGGCAUCCUCAACCCCUACAAAACACUGCCAGACAACAUAAACUAACGGUUUCGUAGUGAUCAGGAUUUCUAUGGAAAAUCAGGCAGUCGUUUUACCACAGUAUUAUUGAUGUAAUACUUUUAAUGUAUUAAAUGGGCUAUAAUAGAUUCCAAGUACUUCUUUUUGUUCAGUUAUGUGUUUUAAAGCGACACCAUGUAACCGUUGGUUGGUUGCUUUAGAUAUAGUUUGUUUAUGAUCAUCUAAUCAUCAUAAAUGUGAUCAUACCCUUAAAUAAUGCACUAAUUAAGAGAGCAGCUAUUUAUUUGUGGUGUCCUAUGAAUAAUAAACGGCACAAAACAGUCAAA